AUGACUCCCGCCGGCUCAAUCGCACUUGCCCUCUUCCUAACAACCUUCGGCGUCAUGUUCUUCUGGUACCUUUGGAUCAAGGCUUUCGAAUGGGAACUAGCCAUCUGGUACCGUCACACUGUUCAGCAUCGCCAGGAGCGCGAGCUUGACUUACCGUCUAUCGACUUGGAGAUGGGAAGAGGAGGUGCUGGAGGAGGAAGCAAGGCUGCUAGUAAGGCUGCUAGCAAGAAGUCUGGGGGUGAGGGCAGUAAGAAGUCUGGUGUAGGAAGCAAGCAUGAUAACGAGGCUGCCAGCAAGAAAUCGGGCAGUAAGGGUGGAGGGGCAAGCAGACAUGACAGCAGAUCGGCGGGUAAAGCUUGA